GCCUUCCGAUUGGCUGACUGAUUACAGAAACGUAGAAGAAGAGAAGACCUGAACAUAAACACCACAUGUAACCUCGCGGACAGGAAACAUAAAAGCCUGUUUACAUGGAUAGAAGUUAUAAGUAAAAUACUUAAUAUUCUCGUCGUGGUGACGUAAAACGUGACGCAGCGCUGUCAGUCACUUUGUAUGUUGAUUUAAAGAUGUCGCGGCUCCUCCCGUCCAUCAGCUGUUUGUACAGUGUGUCCUGUCGGCUCUUAUGGAGAGGCUCUCCCAGUGACUCUCCUCUGCUGAGGCCGCUCCCACCUGGACUGACAUGUGUUUUUGCGGCUGGUAAAAAAGACCUGAUAGACCUUCCUGUCCUGAACGAGGACGAGCUUGAUGAGCAGUUCGUGAGAGGAUCUGGACCCGGAGGACAGGCCACCAACAAAACCAGCAACUGUGUGGUGCUGAAGCACAUCCCAACUGGGACUGUUGUAAAGUGCCAUCAAACCAGAUCUGUGGACAUAAAUCGAAAGCGUGCUCGGGAGAUCAUGAGAGAAAAACUUGAUGUUGUAUAUAAAGGAGAACUCAGUGAAGUUCUUGUAAAGAAGAAAGAGUCUGAGCUGAGGAAACAAGAGAAGAGGAGGAAGGCUAAUGAGAAUCUGGAGAGAAAAAGACUGUUUAAAGCAGCGCUGGCUGCAGACUCUAAACCUGGAAAUGACACUGUUUAAAAUGUUUGUGUGGAAUAUCGAAUGAAUACUUGAAAUGUUCUGUACUUUAUGCCAACAAAGACUGAAUAACAAAAAUUGGAAAGGUAAUGUCAACAGUCCUAAAUCCAAUUAGCUUUUUAUGUUUUUAGAAGUUGCAAUACACAAGACAUCACAUAGUUUAAUACAAGACAGGGAGAUUUUGGGGAAAAAAAGAGAAAAUAAAUAAAAUAUAGUCAAAAAUGUUUGAUGUGUAGUGCAUCUUUCAAUGCAUGAAGCAGUGUUCUCAAAAAAAAAAGUCAUUGGGAUUUAUGCUUCAAGUAAAAGCUGCAGUAUGCAAUCUUUACUUGUAUGUGUAAUUUAACACGUUUCUCUAAUAUUAGCAUUUGAUGAAAUAAUUUCCCCUCUCUCAUUUCCUGUAAUUUGUUAGUAUUGCUUUAUGUUGUAGGUUUUUAAUUCUGAAUGUGUCCACACUCAAAAACAUCACAGCUGCAGCACUUAUGUUUUUAGCUGGAUAAUUUUGUAGCAUAACAUUUAACCUAAUUUAUCACUCGACUUCAGCAAAAGCUGUCUAACCUAAACCUCUUGGACUAAUCAAAAAAGACUUGACCUGUCUUGCUUGGUGCCCUUCGAUCUAUGCCACUGUCAGCUGUUGCUAAUUGAAGCCUACUCCCAAGACCCAAGACAGUAAAAAUAAAUGUUUUUCUCCUUAAAGUAAAAUACAGAACUGACAUUUGUAUUAA